CCAAAAAAAACCCAUAGAGUGUGUAAAACAGAGUUCGUUGUGACUUGCAGCCUCCUCUGUUUUUCUGUCUCUCACUCUUUACCUGAGAAAGGGAAAAAAUAGUCUUAAAUUGACGAUUUUUUGUAAAAUUCCUCCAUGGAUUGGGUUCGUGGUGAAGUUGUUGGUCAUGGAAGUUUUGGAAAAGUCAAUCUUGUAAUACCCAAAAAACAGAGUACUCAAUUUAUUCCAUCAAUGGUAGUAAAAUCAUCUGGGGUUUCUCACUCUGCUUCCCUUGUGAACGAGAAGAAAGUCUUUGAUGAACUCAAUGGGUGCUCAGAGAUCGUACGAUGUUUCGGUGAGAGUUAUUCGUUUGAAAACGGGGAAAAAUUGUACAAUUUGUUGCUGGAGUAUGUUUCUGGAGGUUCGUUAGCGGAAAAGCUUAAGAAAUCGGAGAAUCAUAAGUUGUCGGAAUUUGAAGUUAGUGGAUACACAAAGGGUAUACUUAGUGGGCUUCAGUAUGUACAUAAAAUUGGGUAUGUUCAUUGCGAUAUAAAGCUUCAAAAUAUUCUUGUUGGUGAAGAUGGUAAAGUGAAAAUCGCUGAUUUUGGAUUGGCAAAGAGUGUUGGAAUCAAGAAAGAUGAUGAUUUGCGAUGUGAAUUGAGGGGUACCCCAUUGUACAUGUCGCCGGAGAUGAUCACCGGCGGCGAACAGGGUACUCCGGCGGACAUAUGGGCACUUGGGUGUGUGGUGGCUGAGAUGAUUGCCGGAGUUCCAGCUUAUAGAUUCUCCAAUGUUACAGAACUGUUAAUGGCAAUUGGAGUUAAAAAUCAGUUGCCCCAAAUCCCUGAGGAAUUAUCAGAAGAAGGAAAGGAUUUUCUAAACAAAUGCUUUGUGAAAGAUCCAGCAAAGAGAUGGACAGCUGAGAUGCUUCUAAAACAUCCGUUUGUGGUUAAUCAUGACACUGUUACAUUCAAUGAAGAAAUCAAGAGUGGAGUUCCAUCAAUAUCUCCUAAAUGCCCAUUUGAUUUUCCAGAUUGGGUAUCUGAUGACUAUGCUCAAUCAUCAAUAACAUGUUCAAUUACUUUUCUGCCCUCGCCGGAAAAUCAAGAAAGGCUGAAUUUGAGCAGUGGGGAUUGGUCUACUUCGCCGGGGGAGAGGCUCCGGGGGCUAGUGACUGAAUUUAGACCUGAAUCUGAAUGGUGUUCUGCUGAUGACUGGGUUACUGUUAAGUGAUUUCAACUUUAAGCAAUUAAUUACAAAUAUGGUGGAAGAGAAAAGCCAAAGCCAGAGCCAAAAGCAGAUUUUCCAGAUUUUUGAGGAUAUCUUUUAGGGGUCUGGUUUCUUAUUUUAGUGAUUAGGCACUAGGCUAGUUCAAUUCUUUUUAUUUUUAUGGUACAUAACAUUGGUUUCCACAUUUAGUACAAUACAAUAGGUUCUGAAUUAUUAUCAAGGCAGCUUAUUUACACUCAGCAAAGUGUACAUUGUUGGAUUAUACUAGUAGAAUUUUAUAGUGAUUGAUUUCUUGCUAAUGGAAAUUGCAGAAUGACAGUAUUUUUUGAUGUAUGUACGACGUAACGGAAAUCUUGAUC